GAAUCAAUCCUUUCCUCUUGGUUCAGAACAGCCAAUGAUCGUCAAAAGAAGCUUCGAACCCUAGUUGAGGAGUACAACGAACUCGUUCUUGCUGUUAACCAAGGUCAAGAGACUGCGAAAUCUUGAACCCCUACUAUUCCGUCGUCUCAGAUGUCGUAAAAUCAAAACAAUUGCAUAUGCAGCAGCACACUGA